CUUUCCCACAUCAUCUGACCCCUAUCGUGCAUAACAGACCGCCCGCGCGGCCGUGCGCUGUUUCAUCGCCUCUUAUCAACCAAGGCAAGACGAAAAGCGCACAUCGUCGUCGUCAGUCGCUCCGCUGGCCCAGCGGGGAACCCGGGGGAAACCUUGGGGUUGUGCUCAGGCACGCGACAUCUCAGUCCCACUGAACUCCCCCUCCCCCAUCUGAUCCGAGAUGGAACCCCCUCCUCCCCAGAGUUCCGACGACGUAGAUCACAUAGCAACUCAUCUUCACCGGCUGAGUCCGCGCAGCACCAGCCGCCAUGGGUUCGCUUCGCCCCUCAACACCUCGCGGCCCAUGUACCGGACCGCGUCUGCCACUUCCGAACACCGGUUGCAGCAGCAGCAGCCGUCGCCGCAACAGCAGCAGCAGCAGCAGCAGCAGCAAUAUUCACCUCAGGAGCCUCGAUCGUACUCGCAAGAGUUCGUCGCCAUGCCCGUCUCUCCCCACGGCUCAGAAGUAUCCGACGGGUAUGCGAGGCGGCCCGCGUCGCGUGGCGUGACGUCGCACCACUCGACACACAGACCCUCGCUUCCGCGCGCCCCGUCAUCCGUAGGAUCAACGUAUAGCAUCUUCCCCCCGCCGACGAAACCGUUACCUCCGAUUCCGCUCAAGGGAAGGCGGACGGCAAGGGCGCCCUCGCAGGAUUCAUUCGACAAGUCGUCAGCCAGCGGUGACCGGUACUCGCGGUCCUCAAUCGCCACGUCUAACCCCGAUACCGCGCCGACGCAGACCCUGUCUUACAUUUCCGACACGCAGCAAGUAGCGAGUGGCAGUCCCGCGGCCCGUCAGAGAUCUAUUCCGGAAGUGGUGAAGCCGUCUAAAGCCUCCGUCGCAUCCACCUCGUCGUUUGACCUCGGCUUCGACAAGCAACUCGUCUCCGAUGACAAGCGCAUCAACAACAAUGUCUUUUACCUCGACGUCUCACCGACGGCCAAGAUCCUGGCCAGCAAGCACGGCAACAACAUCCUCAAGCUCUGGGACCUGGACACCGGCGCGGUCGAAAGCUCCAUCAAAUUUACCUCGUACACGGAAGCGCAGUCCCGGUCGCGGGAAUACCUGAUUAGGAGCCACGCCAUCGUCUCCGAGACAUCCAAUCUCGUGGCCAUUGCGACUCGCUUCGGCAGGACGAUAGAGAUAUGGAAUUGGGGGAAGAAGAAGUGCAUACAGACCCUGGAUGACGCCGACAGAUGGACCGCGGCAAACACCGUCUCGUACGGCGGAGGAUACAGCCCCCUGGCCAUUUAUCGCGGCGACGACAGCCGGAUCGACCUAUUCACAGCGACUCGGGAGAAAAAGCCGUUCGUCAAGCAACGGUCCAUCGACCUCAAGCAGGCCAACUUGCCAUUUGUGCCGCAAUACCCUGAACUGGCACUCUCGGCAACGAGCCCGCUCCUGGUCGCAGCAGCCGGACCGCGGCCCCCACGCGCAGGGCACCCGCCACCAGACAAGGAGACGCUCCUCGUAGCGUGGGACACCAACACGGACGGGUACGGCUCCAACAAGCCCUUCCGGGUGGCGCGGCCGUGGCAGCACGAGGAGAUCAGCACCGCCAUCCCUUGCGACCUCCGCGCAUACGGCAGCGUCGUGGUCUCGAUCUGGAUCCCCGCGGGCUUCCGCGCCGUGCCUGUCCCCCCGUCGCGCGGAGGAACGGGGUACAACCUCGUGCCCGUCAAGGUGCCCUCGCGGUACGUGCUCGUCUGGGACCUCUCGGCCAACUCGACGCACACGUUUGCGAUACCCAACUGCGCGGCGUGCAUAUCACCCGACUGUCGGUACGUGGCCUACUGCCACGCCAGCGGCACGGGCAUCGGGGCCCGCGGCUGCGUCUGCGUGCUGGACGUGGUCGACGGGCGGGAGGUCUGGUGCUGGCCGGACAAGGACGCGCUCGCCAUCGACAGCGGGCCGAAGCCUGGGUUUGAGCAGUUCAAUGACUUGUCUCUUGUAUCCGAGUUGGCCUUUUCCGCCGACGGGAGGUCUCUGAUCAUUGCGGACCGGAAUGGCCGGAUCGGUGUGUACAACGUGCGGGUCAUGGAGUAAUAUAAUGGAGGUAGUAGCAGAUGAGCUUGUCGCGAUACCACUGUCCGAUACUGUUCAACUAGACCUAGCAAUUAGUCAAGGCUCGCC